UUGUUGUCAACGUAAAGGAAGGUUAUGGUUGGAAUAACAUUCCAUCUACCGUUUACUGAUUGACGUUAUAUAUAGGCUAGCCUUUAUUUUAACCGAACUGUGAAUGAUAGAUGUUAUAUUAUACAUAUAUAAGGGAAUGUGACUUGAAUUUUAAGGUUAAUAACCACUAAAGGAAGACUCUUGCGCUGAGUUUGUUCUUGAAGCGCUUUGCCGUGAUGUCAUCAAAAGAAAUUGGGCUUGCAAAAAAGUACUCGUUUCGAGCCAGAAAAAAAAUAGGGAAAGAAAAUCCUGAUGAGUCAUCCAAUCCAGUGGAAAAAGAGGAGAGAUUGGUUAUUAAAAGUGAAUCGAAAUCAAACUCAAGCAUACACCCAGUGGGACAUACUUCAGUUUCAGCAGGUAGAACGAAACUUGAGAAGUUAAAGGUUAACCAGGAUUCUGAGAAAAAUGAAAAUACAGAUAUAAAUAAUGAUGACACUUCUUAUUCAGCAUAUAAGAAGAAUCAUAAAUCCACAAUUAAAAUAGAAUAUGAUAGUAGCAGUAGCCAUAGCCAUUUGGAAGUAAAAACCGAAGUUGUGGACAAACGGUGCAAGUGGGAGCCAGAGAACUGGAUUCAGGUUUUGGAAAAUAUUAGAGAAAUGAGAAAAGAGAAGGAUGCUCCUGUAGAUGACAUGGGAUGUGAUAAGUGCUCGGAUGAGGAUGCACCUCCUCAGGUUAUACGCUACCAAGUGUUGGUAUCUCUGAUGCUCUCCAGUCAGACCAAAGACCAGGUGACCCAUGCAGCCAUGCAGAGGCUCAGAGCCCAUGGACUGACCAUAGACAAUAUCCUUGAUACUGAUGACACUACUCUGGGCCAACUCAUCUAUCCCGUUGGCUUCUGGAAGUCAAAGGUGAAAUACAUCAAAGCAGCCACAAGAAUUCUAAAGGAUGAAUACGAUGGAGAUAUUCCUGACACUGUGGAAAAGCUGUGCAAACUUCCUGGAGUUGGACCUAAGAUGGCUCAUCUUUGCAUGAACGUCGGAUGGGGAACAGUCACUGGAAUUGGAGUAGAUACACAUGUUCACCGUAUCUCUAACCGUCUUGGUUGGGUGCGGGACACCAAAACGCCAGAAAAAACGAGAGCUCAGCUGGAGGACUGGCUGCCCCAGUCAUUGUGGAGCGAAGUCAACCAUCUCCUGGUGGGUUUUGGUCAGACCAUCUGUAGGCCUGUGGGUCCCCAGUGUGCCACCUGCCUGACCUUAGAUCUAUGUCCAUACGGACAAGAUGUUAUCAGUGGGAGAAUAAAGUCCAGUCCGACUAAACACAAGAAGAACAAGAAGUAAUGUUUGACAUCAUUGUGGAUAUAAAAGUCUUGCAACGUAACUUUUUAUUGAAGAAAAAAGUGUUUGUCUAAUCAUGAGAAGUGAAAUGUUAGUAUAGUAUAUUAUAUAAAUUUAAUGCAGUUAAGAUUAUUUAUUGUUUUAGAAACUGUGGUUUCAGAAACUGAAAUAUUCUCUUAUAUUAAAUUGUGGGUAAACAUUUGUUGAAUAAGCUCUAAUACAUAGUUGGGAUGGAAAUAAUGUAUUAGAGAAAAAUUGAUUCAAAAUAUGGAAAAUGUUGACAAAAUUAAUUUUAACAUAUUCUUUACAAAGAAAUUUAUUUAUAUUGAAAUGUAAGUAUAUGUACUUUUCUCAGGUUAAUUUCUUGUUGAAUAUCUCAAUAUGUUAUUUGUACAUACAUAAUAUUUGUAAGGAAUUUUUGUACUAGUAUUUUUAUAUGCAACUUCUGUUUGUAUCUUGAAGGUAGUUGCUGUAUUGAAUGUAACAUGGCAAUCUAGUUUAAAUUUCACUAAGUUAUACAAUUUUGUUGUGAAUUAUAGUAGGGUUGUCUUGCUAGGGCAUAGAUAGAAUGGUUAUCUUAUUUCUGACUAAGAAGCAUACCUACAAAGUAUAGUGGUUACCUGCAGGAUAAGUACUUAUUUUAUGGUUUUGAUUUCAAAGACAGUCAGUCAUUGCACCAACAUCAUGCGUAGACUGCUUCAGUUGGGUUCCUCAAACAUGUUCAAUUCAUCCUCAUUUGGCCUCUAAACUUAAUCACAUCCUUGGAGUUUUCUAACCAACAAAGGAAAUAUUAUUGUAUUGAAUAGGGGUUCUCCUGUCAACGAGUUUUAUAUUGGACUUAUAACUAUUCAUAAUGCUGUAUAAUAAUAACCUACAUUUUUUGGUACUUUCCAAACCUGUUUUAUACACUUAACCUUAAUGGUAUAUUUUCUCCUUAGUGUAAAUUCUAUUAACAUUUAAUUUGAGUGCAGUGGAUGCAGCUUUCUAUGACUCCUGGCACAGUGAAGGUGGUAAUCUGAAAAUUUAUUAGUUCUAGAAGAAUGUGAGGCCCAAUUAUUUUGGAGUAGUUGAACUACAGUGUAACUAAUUGUUGUUAGCGCGGUUUUGAAAUCAUUUUUUUAAUAUUUUCAUAGCCUACAGCAAAAUCCAGACUCAUAAAUUAGGUAUUUAUUUCUCAUAUGAUCAGGCAAAUUUCUAUGCACCUUGUUUCAGGCAGAAUCCUGUUAUCUAUGGAUUUCUAAAAUCAGUAUUGAACUGUCUUUCUUCAAAUGGUUUCCAAGUACCUAUAUAUAGCAUUCACUGUCCAAUAACAUCCUUGUUCCUCUGUACCUGUACAUUUCUUUCUAAUCUUUUUACUUUUCCCUGUAUUUAUUUUUUUUAAUCCUAGUUACAUGUCUGUGUUGGCUUUAUGAUUGCAUUGGAGUAAAAUUGAUCUGAACUUUGUGGUUAUAAUGGAUAUACUGAACAGUUUUUGUAUAUAAUCUAUUUCAAACAAUAUAUUUAAUGAUUUUUCACUUUAUAUCAUCUUAUGUAAUAUUUAACACUGUAGCUUUCUUUAUAUUUUAUUCUAUUACCUAAUUAAUAUUUUAUUUUACCUACUGUCAUUUUUCGAAAUAUUUUAUUUUACCUAAUGUCAUUAUUCAAAGUUUCAUUCAUUAAUUCUUUUGUCACAGUUCUCAUAAUUUUGUAUUAUUACCUAUUAAUUUUUCUCUCCCUCUUCUUGAUAUCUGUUGUUAAAUUUUAUUUAUUUCUGUAAUUAUUUUGCAUUUAUUCAUAAGUAUAAUUUAUGUAUUUUUGAGUCAGUUUCAUUCAAAUGAUAUAAAUUCUAUUGUGUAUAAGAUUAAAAGUUUUGAUUUAAUAUAUUUAAAAAUGACCGUGGUCUAUUUCCUUUUACAUGAGCUUUAACUCCCGAACAAUAUUUAAUAUACUGUAGGUAUAGAUAAAAAAAGAUGAUUUGCCAUAAUUGGUUAAAUUGGUUAAACCAAGACUUGGUUAUUUUAAUACACUGUUUUUGGGUAAAUUUUGUUUUGUUCACUUACUUUAAUUGGUAUCCUCAAUACCAAACUAUAUACCUAACUCAGCUUUUACGAUUAUUAAAACAGUAAGCAAUGAAACCAGAGAACAGAAAAAAAUUAAUUAAUUAUUUCAACAUAUUUCACAUAAUUAAUUCAACAGGAAGUUUAACAACUCCCUGUUGCAUUCAAGUUACCACUUACUACCUCUUAUGUAGGAUUGAUUAAUCACUUUUCACGUAACUUAAUUACCAUUUCUCAGUAAUAAUUGCAUUCCAGUUACCACUUACUACCUCUUAUGUUGGAUUGAUUAAUCACUUUUCACGUAACUUAAUUAACAUUUCUCAGUAAUAAUUGCAUUCCAGUUACCACUUACUACCUCUUAUGUUGGAUUGAUUAAUCACUUUUCACGUAACUUAAUUAACAUUUCUCAGUAAUAAUUGCAUUCCAGUUACCACUUACUACCUCUUAUGUAGGAUUGAUUAAUCACUUUUCACGUAACUUAAUUAACAUUUCUCAGUAAUAAUUCUUCAGAGAUAUAAAAUGUAUAAUUCUACUUCAUAAAGUUCAGUUGGUUAAUUAUCAUUCAAGCAACAACAUUUGCAAGUUAAUUCUACACAACAUGAAUCAAACUUCUCAUUAUGUUUCUGUGUAAAUAAUCAUUCAGUUCAUAAUCUAUAAAUCCGAAACCUUGUAAAAAUUAGAGAAAUGCCUCAGUUAUUGUCAGCUAGUUCCAAUUGAAACUAUAUAUUCCGAUAAAAAUUAGCUUUUCUGAAUGAUUUAUAAAUAUUUUCAAUGAAAACUGACCUGAAUAAACCCCUUCCUCUAUUCUUAAAUCCUGCCUGAAAUUAAAUCCUUGGAUACCAUAUAAUGGGCCAACAUGAUUUUUUUAAUUUUUGUUUUUGUUAUGAUUAUAUUAAACUAAUUGUGAUAUAAAUGUUUGUUUCAUAAUUAAGAAUAAAACUACAUUUUAAAGUACAAAUUGCGUUUUAUAUAAUGAAGAAAUAUACUUGUUUUACAGA